AUGACGAUCCUUGGAAUAGGUGUCGACCUUGUUCAUGUUCCUCGGAUAACUUCUAUCUUAACUCGUAAUCAUGGCGAUCGUUUUGCUGCAAGGAUUCUCUCUAACGAAGAGUUGAGUGAAUGGCAAUCUCUGGGAUUAGUUUCAAUAUCACACCGCGCUCGGUUUUUGGCAGUCAGAUGGAGUGUAAAAGAAUCGACAUACAAAGCGAUGUAUCCUAUUACUCGUCCCUCUUGGAAAGAAGUAUCCUAUCAUGGAUUAUCAGCUCAGAGGCAAAAGCCGUUUGUUAGUUACCAUCCUUUUCGCUCUGAAAAUAAGGAGAAGAUAGGAUCGAUACAUGUCUCGGUCAGCCAUGACGGGGACUAUGUGUACUCUAGUGUGUGCAUUGAAGCACCUAUGAAUCUCUGUCGCCAUACCUCGCCAUAA